AUUGCAGCAAUUUACUUGCGCGGAGGAACUUGCCGCGCGAGUUUCGAGUGUAAACUUAUCGCCAAGUCGACUUGCGACCGUAGCAAUUUAUUGCGGAAGUUGCUUGCUGCACGUUUUCCGCUUCCAGUGUGAACACCACGCAAGAGCUAACUGCAAGCGACUUGCAGCUUUUAGGAUUUGUUUCUAUUUCCUGCAAGUAGGAAGCGCAAGUUAUAAAAUGGAGGAGAAACGAGAGUGGACGAAACAGGACACAGAAAAUUUUAUUGAAGCUGUGGAGAGCUACCCCGAAAUUUGGGACGUACACAACCGGGACUUUAAGGAUCGAAUGAAGAAGAUGUGUGCAUUGAACGAAAUCUCGUCAAUAUUCAACACGUCAGUGAAAGAGGUACAAAGAAAGUGGCACAAUUUAAAGACCCAAUUUUCUCAAGAAGUUAGGAAACUGCAGAAAAUUAAAAGCGGCUCUCCUGGCAUAGUUUCGGAUUCUCGGUGGCCGUAUUUUUCAGCAAUGAAAUUUCUAGAGAGUAGUGUUGCCACAACCUCUAACAGAAUAUCUUCGCUAUCAGCAAAGGAAGAAGAAAUAGUUACAGGAGAUGAUGUGCCUGUUGCUAAUGAGGGGAAGAAACGAAAAAGAAAGGAGACUAAAGGAAGUGGUAAUGGGCUCAUUGAAAAGGCAGAAAAAAUUCUGGGCCAGGAAAUUGAUGCUUUCCAAACCUUUGGAGAUUAUGUGGCUAGUGAGCUGCGGUCACUAAAGAAUGAAAAAAAUGUAAACAAACUGAAAAUAAUGAUUCUGAAAAACAUCAUUGAAAUAAGCGAGAUUGACAGUGCAGAAAUACCAUCCACUCCAGUUUCGCCAGUGAGAGAUGCAAGUGCUGCCAGUCAAUGCAUACUUAAUGUUACAGAUUUUAUAAACAUAGAAUAAUGAUAAUAGAAUAUCUGUAUGAUACCGAAAUAAAACAUUUUAUUUUCAGAAUGUAGUGUUUAUUCAACAACCU